UCUGGCGCACUUGGCCGUGUUGACAGUUGCGGUGUCAUGUCCGCUGCGUGUUAGCGGGAGCAGGACAGCAGCGAUGGCCUAACGAAUGUGGGCUGGUUAAGAUGUUAAUAACGCUGUGCUACGUCUAUCUGUGGGUGCGCUUCCAUAAGUGCUACUCCGUGUUGAUCCGGAACAGCCUGGCCCGGCUGAACAGCAGCAGCUUCAGCUUCAGCUUCAGGCUGUGCUCCGGCUCGGCCUCCGCGCCGCUCACCGCCCCGCCGACGGGCCGCUACACGGCCGCCGUCCGGCGCCAGCCCAGCCCGCCGCUGCCCGAGGAGCCCGUCUUCCUCCAGCUGGGAGACAAGGCCGUAUACGUGACGGAACCUCAGGCAUGUGAUGACCUCAGCAAGUGGACUGUGUUGUUGGGGUCCUCUCUGGUUUGUGGGCCACGAAUAGAGAAUAUUUCGUUCAUCAUAGAAGCUACUUCAGGACAAAGAGUGGGCUACCAUUCUCCUCACACAUCAAAUAAGAAAGUGCUGAAGUGGUCAGAUUACUGUCGUCCUCUGGCCUGUAGCCCUGGCCAGCCGUUCAGGGCGGUGGCUCAGGCCACCGUGGAUAACUUCAGUCGCCUCGGGGUGGCCUUUAUGGAAGAUCGCCUUCAGCUGGACAAUGGACUUUUGCCUUCAAAGAUAGUCCCUGUUGUCCUCCAAGAGUCCACCCUCAAAGAGCUGUUGAAGAAGCAACGUCCAGGUAGUCCAAAGACUCUGGCCUCCCUCUCACUCAGCGGUGUCCAGACUCAGAUAGUUCUCUCUGAGCCUUCACCUUGUCCCCGGUUAGCCGACCCCCAGCACCUACACUGCCGCAAAGGCAGCCUUCUCCUCACCCCGGAGGUCAAGAGGAGGCUAGAGGAGCGAAGAGGCUCAGAGCCCCUUCACUGCACCCAGGAUCAGGGAAACGAGGGUGACCUGGAGGAGCAUUCCUUGGGGAAUCAUCACCACAUGGAGGGUCAUGGUCACCACCUCCAUCUGUCCAGCUGCCAUGAAUGUCUGGAGCUGGAGAACAGCACUAUUCUUUCUGUCAAAUAUGCCUCAGCUGAGAAUAUUCCCGACCUUCCACAUGAUAAUUCCCCUGGCCUGGAUAGUGGGGAUGAGACGCUAGAUGAACUUGAGGAUGAUGCCAAAGGCUUUAUUGGUCAGAGUGGUAGAGCUGACUAUAGUGGCAAACCACCCAACGUGCUCAUAUAUACCGGUGGUUGUCAGGAGCGUUUCCAAGCAAUCCAUCAGCUGUUAACAGAGUGCAUCAACAUGGAGAGCUAUGUGAUUUACCCCCUGCAGCCACAGCAGGCUCUGAGCGAGCCGUGGCUGGAUAACACCAGGCUCCUGGUCCUAGCAGAGGAGGAACCCCUGACCCCCCAGCUUCAGACCCAGUUCCUCUCCUACCUGGGCCGGGGCGGCAGGGUCCUGGGGUUGGCGUCGAGCCUGUGCCCCGCAGGGCUCUCUCUAGAGGUCAGGGAGAGUCGACACAGGCAGGUCAGCACACUGAACUUCACCAGGGAGGACAGCACAGAGCUGGAGCUGAGUGUGCUGGCCAGCGGCAAGGUGUUCAUCAGGGACACUCGAGGAGGAGGGGAGGUGGAGCUGUGGGGGGAGCUUAAGGGGGACGUCCUCCAUCAGCAGAGAGACAUGGUCGUUGUCAGGGUGACCCAUGGAGAGGAUGGAGGCGAAGCUGUCCUCUGUCAGGUGCAUCUGGAAGUGGCUCCCAACUCUCAGAGUGUGACGUCUGAAAGUUUUGAUGAGCUGAAAGUCAGUAACGCGCGGCGCUACGAGGUCCUGACAGAGAUCCUCACCUCUCUGGGCCUCAGCUGUGAUCUGAGCCAGGCCCCGGCCCCCAGCCCCGUCUACCUGCUGUCCACCUGUCAGGAGAGGAAGGCCUCCUUCCUGAAGUGGCUUCACACCCGUGCAGACAAAGAGGGCGUCAUCCGGUUGUCCAAGGCCUCCCUGCGGAUGGCGUCCGGCGCUGAGGUGCAGGAUGGGCCUCUGCUGCCCAGCGGCUGCUUCGCCCUGGUCUCCGACGCCCCGGAGACCCAGAGCUGGGACCAGUUCAGCAUGGACACCUACAGCAAGAACCUGAAGACCAGCUCACUGGGACACACCCUGCUCUACGCCGAGGUCACCACCACCACCAUGGACCUGCUGGAAGGGCUGACGAUGCACUUUCCGAAGGAUAUGGGGUUAAUAGCUGUAGCUUCUCGACAAAGCCAGGGCAGAGGUCGUGGAGGGAAUGCAUGGCUGAGUCCUCUAGGUAGCGCCAUGUUUACUCUGAGUCUCCAGGUGGCGCUAAGCUCCAGGCUCGGCCAGAAGAUUCCCUUCUUGCAGCACCUAGCCGCCCUAGCUGUCGUGGAGGCUGUGCGCACCCUGCCUGGAUACCAGGACAUUGACCUGAGGCUGAAGUGGCCCAAUGACAUCUACUACAGUGACCGAAUAAAGCUCGGUGGGGUAUUGGUGACUUCUACCGUCAUGGGACAAACAUUCCAUCUGCUCAUCGGCUGCGGCUUCAACGUGAGCAACAGCAACCCCACCAUCUGCAUCAACGACCUGAUCCUGCAGCACAACAGGCGGCACGGCUCCAGCCUGCAGCCGCUCAGCCCCGCCCAGCUCAUCGCUCGGACCCUCACCUCCCUGGAGGGGCUCAUCACUGCCUUCCAAAAUGGCGGACCAGACGCUGUCCUGCCCAGCUAUUACAAGAGAUGGCUGCACAGCGGGACUCGGGUUCGUCUCUGGAGCGAGGAUGGACCAGAGGCUGAGGUGGUGGGUCUGGACCACAACGGCUUCCUGCAGGUCUACAGCAAGGAGCAGGGCGUUGUCUCAGUGGAGCCCGACGGAAACUCCUUCGACAUGCUAAAGAACUUGGUGGUCACCAAGCAGCGCUAAGGACACUCCUCCGAGGGCCUCAUUUGAGCCCACCUUGACUCAGAAUCAUCAGCACAGCUCACACUGACAUUUGAGAUGACAGUCUGACAACAAACCUUCUAUAACUUCAUUUAAAUGAAGUUAUAGAAGGUGCUAACUGAUUCAUAUUUCAGUGAUUAUUCUUGCUCGUGAACACCCAUUUUGACUAAAUACAGUGGUUUAAAGUGGGACCUUUGGUGUCUGUCAGCUUUUGGAAAUGUUUAACUCGCAUAAGUAAAUAUUACUCAGUUUGAAGUUCUGGAGAACUUUCAAAACAGCUACAUGAAAUCUACAUCACUUGCACAUCAUGGCCACAAUCUCUUACAGGAUGGUCAUUUUCAACUUGGGUUUUAUUUUUGUAGUUUCUGCUAUCGUGACAAUUUAUUGCGCUAAAACUGUCAUGUUAGUUCACUUUAGAACUUGGUGUACCUUCAUUUAGCUGGGAGUGCAGCUCUACACGAGAUUCCACAACGCGAAGGUUCACUUUGCAUUUUGUCUGAACGUGCCGGAGGAGCGUCACAGAGGGCGGCAUCAUGGCAGUUCAGCUGGUAGAGCGUGACACUCACCAGAAAGCUCAGUCCUCGUCCCAGCGGCGCGGGUUCGAUUCCAGCCCGGGCCCUUUGCUGCACAUCAUUUCCUCCCUGUCUGCCCUGUUUUUCCUGUCUGUCUCCACUGUGCCUAUCUAAUAAAGCAGAAAUGCCCCCCAAAAACAGUCUUUAAAAAAAUAAGAAAAAGAAAUGUCACAGACUGAACAUCUUUUUGUGGGACUCUUCCAGCAAUAAGUUUAGUAAGAUGGCGCCGGUCAGCUGGGUCUUUGAAAAAUGAAGAAGGUAUUUGACCCUUCAGUGUCACUGCCAUGUCAGAGAUUAUCUUGUAUGUUCACCAGGUAAAACCCAUUUGAAAUUUUCAUAAAUCCUUGAUAUCUCAAUUCAACAGGAUUCAAUAAAAUGCAGUGAAUUUCCAUCUUA